AUGGCGAACAUCAACCCAAUGGGGGGGCCCGUGGGUGGUGCGCCAAUCCCAAUGAUGAACAAUGGUGCGGUUAACCCACAGGCCGCUGCUGCUGCUGCUGCUGCAAACGCCGCAAAUGCUGCAAACCUCGCUCGGCAACAACAAGUCAACGACAGCCAGCGAGGCGUGCUCAAUACUUACAUCUAUGAGUACUUCCUCCGCUACGGCAUGUAUGAAUGCGCUCGUUCAGUCAUUCAGAGCGGCCAGCCCGUCAAUGUUCAAAAAGACGGUCCCAAGGGCGGGAACAAUGUCAAUGGCGUAUCUGAGGAUGGCAUGGACACUGAUAUGAAGGAUGAUCCCGACUCAAAGCAUCCCGAUGACCUUCCUCCUCCCAAGCUUCCCAUGCCAGCGUCCGAUUCCUCCUUCUUAUAUGAAUGGUUUUGUCUCUUCUGGGAUAUCUACAAUGCCCAGCGCACUAAGGCCGCCAAUGGUAACGUAAACCAAUAUGUUGCCCACACUCAGCAGCAAUUAAAACAGCAAGAACUCCUCCGUACGAUGCGGCCCGAAGGUUUAACGCAGCAACAAUAUCAGCAGAUGAUUCGAAUGCAGAGCGGCGCCGCAAUGGGCAUGCCGAUGAAGCCCGGGACUCUUGUCCGCACCGCGAUGGCCAACAAUCAGAACCCAGGAAUGAUGAUGCAUCCAGCAAAGCCAAAUCAAAUGCAGAGGGAUCCUUCCCAGAUGGACCCUAAUCGCGAGCGCCAAUCAUCACCAGCCUCGGGCGAGAACGCGCCAUCCCCCUCAAAGAGGCAACGCCCCAACGACUUUAACCCGAACCCCGCUGCCGUUGGUAUGAUGCCAAAUGGUCGCCCAGCCCAGGGCAUGCCCUCGCAGCAAAUGCUCGGCGGACCAGGUGCUGUAGCUACCCAGAUGCUCACGGCGCAUAACAUAAACCCUGCGCAACUGGCAGGACCCCAGUUCCAGAACUUUGUAAAUAUCCCUCCGACCGCCCAGCAGAAAUCCAUUGCAGCUUACUCGCAGCACCUACAGCACCACCACGGUAACCAGAUGGGCACUAAGCAGCCCAACGCCGCUGGUCCUCAAGGUCAAGGCUCCCCGAUGAUGGCGCCAGGCCCGGACGGCUCUACGAUGAAUUAUACCUAUAAUACCAACGGCGAGAUCCCAACCCCCAACGGACUCCGAGCCCAAGCUCCUGGAAAUGGACAGGCUGCAGGCGGCAGUAGCAACCACGCCCUUCAAGAUUACCAAAUGCAACUGAUGUUGCUUGAACAGCAAAAUAAGAAAAGGCUCAUGAUGGCUCGCCAGGAGCAAGACAACAUUGGUGGAGUUCCUAGGGAAGGCCAGCCUCCUGGCCCCGGCGCACCUGGUGGUCCCGGUGUGCCAAAUGGCCAACCAUUCCCUGAUGCAUCUCCUCAAACUAUGAGAACUGGCGCAUCUCCCAACCCCACAGAGCAGAUGAAGCGAGGUACCCCUCAGAUGAACAAUCCCGGCAUCCCAUCACCUGCUCCUGAGGGUGGCCCACAGUCUCGUGGCUCCCCCAACCCCGCCAUGAACUUCAUGGGCAACGCUGAUCCUAACAUGGCACCACACUUCUUUAAGGGUGCAGAUGGCAACAUGGCCGGUGGUCAGCCUAUGAACGGUAUGCGACCACCUAGUUCGCACCCUGGCCAGCCAUUCAACGGCCAGAUGACUCCGCAAAUGAUGGCUGCUCGCCAAGCCCAGGGACAGGCAGGUCAGAACCCACAGCAGUGGCAGGGCCAAAAUAACCAGAUGGUUCCUCAAGGCAUGCAACAGAAUCAGCAGGUUCAGGGAACUCCUGUUCAGCGUUCUAUGCCACCGCCAUCAGCUCCAGUCGCCGCUGCUGCCAAUGCCAACAAUCGCACAACGGCUUCACCUCAGCAGACAGCCGCUGCUCCCCCUACCCCGAACCAGUCUAAUAAGGCUGCCCCCAAGAAGAAGAAGGAAACUCAGGCUGCCAAAAACAAGAACACGGCUCAAAAGAACAAGCCAAACUCCAACAUCAACGGUUCAGGCGCAACGCCCGCGGCUGAUAAUAAUGGUGACUCAGAGCAGGCAGCACCCGCAACACCCAUUACUCCAGUCACUACCGCUGGUUUCAAGCCGGGCCAGAAUACGACAACUACCACGGCUCCCGCUCCUGUUCCUGCUCCCCAGGCUCCUAUUGCACCUCCACAAGGCCCUGACCCUAACAGCAUCAACAUGGACAGCUUCCCAAUGGAUUUCGGUGGCCCUCUGAUGGGAGGUGAUGGAAUCCACACCGGGGAUGUCCUCAACGACUUCGACUUUGAUUCAUUCCUCCACGAUGGUGAUGGAGAUAAUCAACCAUUCGACUUUAACGGCGCCUUCACCGGCAUGGAAGGAGAGAUUGGAGCAGAAUGA